GAGCGGCAGCACUGCACCUCCAACACUGUAUCCACCUCUGAUAUCCAAUCUCUGCCUAUCGUCUCUUCUUUGCCGCUAAACGCACACUCGCUCUCAUCGGUACAAGCAACUUUCAACACGCGCCACGACCCGGGAACUCAGUCUCACGCGCAGCGACCGACUCGCAUUCUUUCCGCGAGGUGCGACUCAACCUCGCUUCUCAUGCUUCGCGGGGUGAUUUCCGGUGCUUUCGCUCGGCUCUUUUGAAAAGUUUCGGUUGUGGGGAUAAAAGGACAGCUCAAGCCUUCAAAAGGAUUUUUAAACAACGUGCAGGACCAUUGAAGAUGAGCCAUCAGUGAGAGCGAUCCAAACUCCUUCCGGCGAACCCAAUUCUGAGAGAGAAUUGACAACGGAACAGUUUGCACCAUUCUGCCCAUACCCUUUACCCUGUCUCUGUUCUCUCCACCCCUUCCCCACACCCCUCUGCUCUCACCCCUAACCCCACCUCUGCCCAACCCCAGCCCAAUCACCAAAAUGGACUUGCACCGGGCAGCUUUCAAAAUGGAGAGCUCCUCCUACCUGCCCAACCCAUUAGCAUCCCCAGCACUAAUGGUGCUAGCAUCGACAGCGGAGGCCAGCCGUGACGCCUCCAUCCCCUGUCAGCAGCCUCGCCCGUUUGGUGUGCCAGUGUCUGUGGAGAAGGACGUUCACCUCCCCUUCAACAACGGUUCCUACACCUUUGCCUCCUUGUACCAUAGGCAGGGCGCUGUACCGCCAGGCUUCCCCAACAGGGAUUUCCCUCCAUCUCUCCUACACCUCCACCACCAGUUUGCCCCACCCAAUCUGGACUGCUCCCCCAUAAGCAUGCUUAACCACAGCGGUGUUGGGGCCUUCCGGCCCUUUGCCUCUCCUCCUGAGGACCGUGAUGGAACAGGGGUGGGAUACCAGUCUGCCUUCACCCCAGCCAAGCGGCUAAAGGGCUGCCUAGAGGCAGAGGCCUCACCGCACCUGCGCUACUCAGAUGCGGAAGGGAAAGAGUAUGACUUUGGUGGUUCUCAGAUUCCCUCCAGUUCGCCUAGUGCUCUCAAAGCUGUGGAAGACGCUGGGAAGAAGAUCUUUGCAGUGUCAGGCCUGCUGUCAGACCGGGAGACCUCGUCCAGCCCAGAGGAUCGCAUUGAGCGCUGUAAGAAGAAGGUGUCACUCUAUGACAGUCAGGCACCAAUCUGCCCCAUCUGUCAGGUGUUGCUGCGUCCAGGAGAACUGCAGGAGCACAUGGAGCAGGAGAUGGAGAGGCUCACCCACAUGCACAUCAGUAAAAACCCAUCACACAAGGACAUCAAUGCAGCUCCAGGCACACCGAAGUCUCUCCUGUUGUCAGUGCACAUCAAACGGGAGGGCGAGUCUCCAGUUGUGUCCCCGCUCUCCUCUGAUGAAGCUCACCAUUCUGACAGAUACCAGACAUUUUUACGAGUGAGAGCAAACAGGCAAACACGAUUGAAUGUCGAUGACCUUUGCUGGUGCAGGCGCUACACCCAGGAAAGUUUCAAAAGUCCCCCAAUCCCUGUGCCCAGAGGAGUGCCCCUUGCACCUUGCUGCCUGCGGCAUGCCCGGAUUGGGAAGAUGAAGCGCCGGAAGCCUGAGGAUGGGCAGGUAUGUCCACUAUGCAACGCCCCGCUGACAGGGACAGAGGAGGAAAUGAGUAGGCAUGUGGAACAAUGUCUGUUCAAGAGGGAAAGUGGAAUAGAAGAGGAUUCUGCAGAUGCUGAAGGAGAGAGUGGAACGCGGUUUGAAGAGUACGAGUGGUGCGGACAGAAGAGGGUCCGAGCCACCACUUUACUGGAAGGUGGCUUCAGAGGAACAGGCUUUGCCAUGUGUAGCACAAAGGAGAGCCACGACAGUGAUGCAGACCUGGAUGUGGAUGGAGAUGACACAUUGGAGUAUGGCAAAGCCCAAUACACUGAAGCAGACAUAAUUCCUUGUUCUGGAGAGGACCAGGGAGAAGCCAAAGAGCGUGAGGCGUUGCGUGGAGCAGUUUUGAAUGGUGGUGUGCCAUCCAAUAGAAUAACACCUGAAUUCUCCAAAUGGGCCAACGAUGAAAUGCCCUCUACCAGUAAUGGUGAAAGUAGCAAACAGGAACCCAGCCCUUCCUCUUCGUCCUCAACACCUAGGACCUGUAAAAACAGCGAGAUCGAGAAGAUCACGGAGGACUCCACAGCGACCACGCUGGAGGCGCUAAAGGCCCGAAUCCGAGAACUAGAGAAACAAAUCCUCAGAGGAGACAGAUACAAGUGUCUCAUCUGCAUGCGGAAGCCAUCCCAAACAGGGGCUGUCGGCAAGAAUCAGGUGGCUGAGAGGCGCGGGAGCGCAGAGGCCCUGCAGCUCAGUGUGUACUGUUUGUACAGAAGCUACGUAGCGGGCUGCAGCACUGCCACUGCGGGCAGCAAUAGGAUUAAGAAACUGCUGCCCCUCCGGAGGGACUCGUAUACAAUGCCUCUAACCUCCAUCCAGUGUUGGCAUGUUCACUGUGAAGAAUGCUGGCUUAGGACUCUGGGAAACAAGAAACUUUGCCCUCAAUGCAACACCAUCACAUCACCAGGGGACCUCAGGCGUGUCUACUUGUGAACAAAACACCCCAGAUUCCUUUUUUUUUUUUUUUUUCCUUUAUUUACAUUUACUCUGUUGUAUUUUGGUUUUCCCACCUCCUGAGGGGGUGAUGUUUUGUCCAGCCUCAUGCUCAUAAGAGGUAUGAGCUCCCUGAUUAAAACUUGACUCUAAAUGGGGACUUAAACAAGCAUAGGACUCAUGAGGACUGUGUUGACUCAGUCAUCCUCUGUAAUUGCUUGUCUGAAAAGCCCUAGCCUCCCUACAGGGGCAGGUGUGUGUGAUACUGCCCUCUUGUGUCGGUCCAUGGUCCACCCUCUUUAAAGUCAACAUGGUUUUUGGAACGUCAUCUACUCAAAUGAAGGAUAUCCGCAUUGCUGCUGCUCUUAGUCUCCCACUCUCUCUCCCUCUGGCAACUUUUUCACACUUGUCAGCCUUGACUGGAACAUCAGCCAAUGAUGAUAAGAAGAGACUUGUGUGUUCUCAGCCGGACUGACCAUCUAAGGCUCUCUUUAUUCUCCAUUGUGUUCUGUUUUCACCCAAAAUCAUUACUUAUUUUGUGGUGUUCUAGUGAUGUCAACCAAAUUUAAUGAAUCAGUGCAAGCACAUGUAUAAUAGUCUCUGUAUGUUUACAGUGUUGUGAGUAAAUGACAUAGAGAACAAUACACACAUGCAUACACACACAGAAGUAUAUAUUGAUUGAAAGGUCCAGAUUUAGUUGGGGGUGGUUUGGGUUGGGAGGGAUGGGUGUGUUUCAAUCUUGGUAAGAAAAAAAUGAAAAGAAAACCCUCUGUAUUUUUAAACAGAUGUUGUCUUGUUGAAGUUGUAUUUCAUUGUACAGGAAGAAAUUUAAGUAAUAAUAAUAAUAAACUACUCAGACUAGGACUUAAAGAUUUAGGUGUACAUUUUUCGUUGAAAUAUACAGUAAAAACUAGAUUUAACCCUAAAGCAUGGGAGAAUAUCUUUUUCUUUGACUUCUAAGAAAUGAGAGGAUUUGCUUUUGUUCACUCUCAUUUUUCUGCUGGACAUAUUUUGUCCAAUAUAAUAUUGUUCCAGCCCACCUUGCAGAAUGUUGUCAGCCUGUUACAAAGGAUUAAAAUUAUUGCUUGUUCAUUCCAAUGAGCAUAUUAUGACCCCUGACCAGUCACAAAUAAUCAGCUUCUUCCCUCUGAAAUGAACUUUUAUGAAAAUGUCAAACAAUUAGGGUGGUCUCAUUUACAAGUUAUGUUCAGAUUUCCUCUCAUAGACAUAAAGAUGGUAAUCAUGAUGAUUUUUCGUUUUACAUUAAAAUGGAUUACAUAACUGGAAGAGUCAAAACUCACAUUUUCCCUUGGAGUGAGACAGUGUGCUUUAUAUUUGUACAUCUAUGUAUUCUGUGAUUUCUGUAUUGAUGUAAGUGCUAAAAAAAAAAGGAAGAAACGAAAGGUCAUUGCUGAUGCCAACACCACAAUAAACAGUCAAAUGUU